AUACAAUUAGCGUGGAGAUCUAUACCAAUAUGAAACUAUUCAUUGCGUGCAUCUUUAUUGCCGCAGCGACGGCUGCAGUGAUUCCUGUCGAACAAGCCAGGCACCGUCGUGAUGUCUCCGAGAUCGUGAAUGAGUAUGUCCCACCACUGGAGGAAGUUGGUGUCGAUGCUCCCCUUGGGAAUGUCGCCCAAGACUCCGCCGCUGUAGGAGAAGAUGGAUACCGUUACAAAACCGUGCGUCGUCUGAAGUACCGUCAACGUCGUGAUGUCUCCGAGAUCGCCAACGAAUACUUGCCCCCUUCUGAGGAAGUAGCUACCGAAGCCCCAGUCGAUGCUCCUGUUGAGGAAGCUGCCCAAGACUCCGCUGUUCUCGCUGAAGAUGGUUACCAAUACAAAACUGUCCGUCGCCUGAGGUACCGUCAACGUCGUGAUGUGUCCGAGAUCGCCAACGAUUACCUGCCCCCUUCUGAAGAAGUAGCUACCGAAGCCCCCGUGGAGGCUCCUGUUGAGGAAGCUGUCCAGGACUCCGCUGUUCUCGGUGAGGAUGGUUACCAGUACAAGACUGUCCGUCGCCUGAGGUACCGUCAACGUCGUGAUGUCUCCGAGAUCGCCAACGAUUACCUGCCACCCUCUGAGGAAGCUGUUACCGAAGUCCCCGUCGAGGAAGUCGCUCAAGAUUCCGCCGUUCUCGCUGAAGAUGGUUACCAAUACAAGACUGUUCGUCGCCAGAAGUACCGUCAACGUCGUGAUGUCUCCGAGAUCGCCAACGAUUACCUGCCUCCCUCUGAGGAAGUCGCUGAGGAAGCUCCCGUCGAGGAAGUCGCUCAGGACUCCGCUGUUGUCGGUGAGGAUGGAUACCAGUACAAGACUGUCCGUCGCCUGAAGUACCGUCAACGUCGUGAUGUGUCCGAGAUCGCCAACGAUUACCUGCCACCCUCUGAGGAAGCUGUUACCGAAGUCCCCGUCGAGGAAGUCGCUCAGGAUUCCGCCGUUCUCGGUGAGAAUGGAUACCAGUACAAGACUGUCCGUCGCCUGAAGUACCGUCAACGUCGUGAUGUGUCCGAGAUCGCCAACGAUUACCUGCCACCCUCUGAGGAAGCUGUUACCGAAGUCCCCGUCGAGGAAGUCGCUCAAGAUUCCGCCGUUCUCGCUGAAGAUGGUUACCAAUACAAGACUGUUCGUCGCCAGAAGUACCGUCAACGUCGUGAUGUCUCCGAGAUCGCCAACGAUUACCUGCCUCCCUCUGAGGAAGUCGCUGAGGAAGCUCCCGUCGAGGAAGUCGCUCAGGACUCCGCUGUUGUCGGUGAGGAUGGAUACCAGUACAAGACUGUCCGUCGCCUGAAGUACCGUCAACGUCGUGAUGUGUCCGAGAUCGCCAACGAUUACCUGCCACCCUCUGAGGAAGCUGUUACCGAAGUCCCCGUCGAGGAAGUCGCUCAGGAUUCCGCCGUUCUCGGUGAGAAUGGAUACCAGUACAAGACUGUCCGUCGCCUGAAGUACCGUCAACGUCGUGAUGUCUCCGAGAUCGCCAACGAUUACUUGCCACCCUCUGAGGAAGUAGCUACCGAAGCCCCAGUCGAUGCUCCUGUUGAGGAAGCUGCCCAAGACUCCGCUGUUCUCGCUGAAGAUGGUUACCAAUACAAGACUGUCCGUCGCCAGAAGUACCGUCAACGUCGUGAUGUCUCUGAGAUCGCCAACGAUUACCUGCCACCCUCUGAGGAAGCUGUUACCGAAGUCCCCGUCGAGGAAGUCGCUCAGGAUUCCGCCGUUCUCGGUGAGAAUGGAUACCAGUACAAGACUGUCCGUCGCCUGAAGUACCGUCAACGUCGUGAUGUCUCCGAGAUCGCCAACGAUUACUUGCCACCCUCUGAGGAAGUAGCUACCGAAGCCCCAGUCGAUGCUCCUGUUGAGGAAGCUGCCCAAGACUCCGCUGUUCUCGCUGAAGAUGGUUACCAAUACAAGACUGUCCGUCGCCUGAGGUACCGUCAACGUCGUGAUGUCUCCGAGAUCGCCAACGAUUACCUGCCACCCUCUGAGGAGGUCGCUGAGGAAGCUCCUGUUGAGGAAGUUGCUCAAGAAUCGGCAGUACUCGGUGAUGAUGGCUACCAAUACAAGACUGUCCGUCGCUUGAGGCUACGUCAUCGUCGUGCCUUGUAAGCGCGCAAUCUGGUACCUGCCUGUAUACGAUUAGAACCAUUUAUCCCCACCAAGCACUUGUUAGGUUGUAAGUAAGAGUCCUGUUUUGCCAUUAUUUAACGAUUGAAAUCAACAAAAAUAAAUCCAGCAAAAAUUGUUAUAAUAUA